AUGUCUAGUGAAACUGGUGGACAUACUAUACAGCAGUUAACCCCUAAUCAAUCAUCAACUACCGCAACACUCCCCCAAUAUUCGGUUCCAGCUACACAAGUGUCAGGAGCGUCGAAAUACACCCAAUUAUUGAGUGUGAUCGAAGAACUGGGAAAGGAUAUUCGGCCAUCGUAUACAAACAACAAAAUUUGUUCGGAACGCUUGAAGCGAAAUAUCAUCCGUGCUCGGAUUCUUGUACGAGAAUGUCUAAUAGAGACUGAUCGAAGCGCUCGACAGCAAUAA